AUGUGGAUACUGAAGUAUACGUAUGAACUAGAAGAUGGAACCAUUCGUCGUGUAUCAUCGUGCCUCGUUAAACAACAGACUUUCAGCAUUGGUCGUUCCAGUAAGAACCCUCUCAAUAUCAAGAAUGACAAAAGUAUCUCGAGGAAUCAUAUAAGUGUGGUUUGGGAUUCAGAGGUCAAGCUCAUAAGACUUAUUAACCAGGGAAGACUGACAGCGGCUGGUGGAAAGUACCUUAAAGUUGGCGAGUCUAUGGAUUUCGAGGAGAAGCUUCACAUACGUGAGCCCAUAAUAAUAGAGCUUGGCACGAAACCUAUAAAGGUCGAAGUAGUUUGGCAAGAUGUAGUAUUUGAUCUGCCUAGCCAGCUUUCACAAUUCAUAGACACUUUGGACCAUGUCGGUAUUGGAGUGAAAGCUGAUACAGUGGAUAAUCGCUCUACAACGAUUAUUGUGACUGAUAAAAUAAAGUUUGCUUACAAGUGCCUCUUCGGCCUCAUCAAUGGCGCAGUUAUAAGAAACUCACAGUUCUUGGUUGAAGUUACCAACAUACUUUCCAAACCCACCACGACAUUUGAAGAAUCAUGGGAUAGUUUAAUUCAAAACGAAUCUUACAUGCUAUAUCCGAACAAUUUAGGCCCACACGAAGUUAUACUCAAGGGAUAUAAGUUUUAUUUGAUAGCGUCUGACGUUAUAACCAUGGCCUAUGUUCAAGAAGCGCUCGAGCGCGGCAAUGGUGAGUUGAUUGUUGUCGAAAAUACUGAGCAGUUACUGGAUAGGCUAAAGCAAGAGAAUUCAACUGACGAUUUGAUAGUUUUGAAAGCUGAAGAAACUACAAAGAUCCCAGGUGACAAAAUCAAGCUUCAUACAUUAGUGGAUCUUGUCAAUGCUGUUUCCCAUAACACAGUGAAAACUCUACUAGGGGGAGUUCCACCGAUGGAGGCAGGUCCUGGCGAUGUGAUUGGCAGUCAUCAACCCACACUCACAAAGACCGAGGUAAGUUCAAGCCAAAGUUUGAGUAACAAAGAGCACACGCCUGAACAUACAGUAACGCCUGCCGAGAAGCCACCAGUCAAAAGAAGACGUUACAACAGGGUCAAACCGCUUGACAGUCUAAUGUUCUUUGCAGGUGGAGACUAUUCCACAGAGGAACCAGAGCAGGAAAUAUCAACUCAGCCUGUAAACCCAGCGGCAAGCGAUACUGCCAAGACAAGUAUAACGACUCAGAUUAACGUUCCCGAGAACGAUGCCUCCCAGGAAAGUUCUGCAUUUGACAAAUUUCAGCCUAAUAUAGUCCUCAAAAAUUCUGCCAAACCUCUGACGAUUGAUUCUCCUGGCGAUGCACACAAUACUCAUGAGAUAAACACUGCGAAUCAGCAUGUGAAAGAUAUUGCCCAACAGAUAGAGAUGAAUCAUCCAGAAUCUGAGCAGCAAAGUGAACAAGCAAACCUCAAUAUGGUAGAAACCACUCCAAGACCCACUGCACGGAAAAAGACAUUACAAGACUUCAAAAGUACUGUCAAUAAUCCAGAUAACUCUGCUUCCUCUACUGAGGGUUUAGUAGAUUUGAUAAAAGAUGCAAAAAGCCGCGAAGUGAAACGGCUUAAAUCAACAUUGGUGCAGGUAGAUACUGACGAGUUGACUGAAGAUGCGAUAAAUCAAUUGGGAGACCUCGCCAUUGUUCAACCAAAUGACUCCCUAAUACGGCGUCAAAAGAUUGACAGUGCAGAAACUUCUCGUAACGAUCAGCACCCACCAUGGGAUGGUCGGAAGAAUUUCAAGAAUUUCGUCAAAGUUCAGGCUAAAUACAAAGAACAGCGAAUGGGUGAAAACUACCGGGAAGGCUCUUCAGACUUUAUCCGCAAUAGUGGGUACCUCUUAACCAGGCAGUACGUUCCUUCCAAGAUAUAUACCAAGGAAUCAUCUAAAGAAAUGCAGGAUUUUCCCGAAGCUUCGGAGCAGACCUCAAGGCAAUUUAGUGUUCCUCAAGUCAUCGAUGAUCCUGAAGAUGCGGAACCAUUCACUUUUACUCGUCAUACGAGCGGUACUCCCGCCAACAAUGGACUUUUUGUUGUUGAUGAAGAUGAUUCCCAAAAUGAUGUAGUUUUAGCGGCCAGGGAAUCUAUCAGACCAGAAGAAGCCGUUCAAUUGGUCGAUCCAUCACCCAGACGAUCAAGGUCCUUGCCCUAUUCUCCAGGGAAACGUAAGCGUGAAAACAGGCGCAGCCCUUAUGAUGAUGAUGAUGAUGAAGAUGAUGAUGAACCCAAAUUCAAGUUUAGUAGACGGCUCAAAUAA